CUUAGGCCACGUACAACGCACCGUCGAGAGCUGUCGACUUGCUUCUGUUUUUUACAAAAACCCCCCCACGGAGCAGCAGUUACUCCCGACCCGUCGCCACAUCUGUCUAGGACCCCGUCUCGUGCUCCCAGGCGAAACGGCGACAAUAGCGCCCGUUGUACGGCGCCGCUGCGGGGAGUCGACGGAGGCCGGGAUCCAGUGCGCGGUGGUGGAUUCGUUUCGCGCCCAAGGAACGGGCGGCGGCGGCGGCAACGCAAAAUCUGCUGAAGGUGGAUGCGGCUCGGGUGCGCAAGGCAGCCGCGACGCAAUCGCGGAAGGAUGUGGCGGCGCCGAUGCGGAAGGCCCCGGGGCAAGUUCGGGAUUGGGCGGCGCCGAUGCGGAAGCAGAGGACUUCGGGCGUAGCGGCGCAUGUGCCGGAGCAGAGGACUUUGGGCGGAGCGGCGCUUGUGGGUGCAUAUGGCUCCGGCAGCUUCUUCAAUGGGGGCGCCGACGGUUUCUUUGGCAGUGGUGGACAGAACCCCAUUCAGCCAUGGAUGUCUCAGUCUUCGGAUCCUUCAACAUGGGGUCAAAAUGCAACACCUCCUGGAGGUUUUACAAACCUUAUGCAGCCUACCUUGUCUCAGAAUUUUAAUUUUGUUGGAGAACAUUCUCAAUUUGCCCCAUUCAAGCCGCCACGGACUUUGGAAGACGAUAUACCAUCAGAGGAAGAAUUGUCCACUCCACCAACAACAAAGGGUAAUAAUGCAUAUGUCAAUGUUGACAUCAGUGAUGAGGCACCCAGGACUGAGAAGCGAAUCUUUUGGUCUCAAGAAGAAGAUGUUAGGAUGAUGAGCUCUUGGUUGCUCAACUCAACAGACUCAACCAUUGGUGCUGAUAGGAAGAAUGACCAAUAUUGGUCUGAUGUUGAGGCAACGUACAAUGAGACUACACCAAGUCAUAGGCGUAGAAAUGCCAAGCAAAUCAAGGACCGUUUUCAUAAGGUAAAUAAGUGGACUGACCUUUUCCAUGGUGCUUGGUUGAAGGCUAGAAUGGUUUAUACAAGUGGCUAUAAUGAUCAAAUGUGGAUUGUGAAGGCCCAUGUAUUCUAUAUAAAAGACAAUGAGAAACUCAACCUAGGUCCUUUUGUGUUGAUGGAUGUAUGGAACAUAUUAAAAACUGAAGCAAAGUGGAUUACAUACAACAAUGGGCUGAAAGCAGCAAGGAAAAGAAAGGGUUCAGGCAAGGAGAACGAAGGAGAGGAUAGCAGGGCUAUAGAUGUAGAUGAACUUGAGGAACAACCAAGACCAAUAGGCCAAAAAAAAGCUAAAAAACUAAAAUAUGCCCAGAGUAAGGUGGGGGACCAUAUAGACCUUGAAGAGCUGGAUAAAUUUGGUAAAAUCCAAUGUGAAGAGCAUGCAAAUAGGCUCAAAGUACUAGAAGUGCAGGAAAAGUUAUCAUCUGAGAAGAUUGAACAAGCCAAGCUUGCCCAUCUUGCAGCAAAGGAACAAAAGGAGGCAGCACAGCUACAAAGGGAGGCAAAAAAAUAUGAACUAGAGUGUAAGAUGUUUGACACAUAUAAUCGCCUUUUGUCAAUGGACGUAUCAUUGAUGUCCGAUGAAGAAAAGUUAGAUCAUACAAAUACUAUGAAGUACUUGAAAAAGAAAUUAUUUGUUGAGAAUUGAGGGUUGCUGUCAAGUGUCAACUGAACAAAUUAAGAAGUGUUAUUUUUAUUUUCUAUCCAGUGUCAUUUCUAUUGUAUCAAGUGUGAACUGAAAAUUAAAUAGUGUGGUGGCUAUUUACAUUCAUGUCUGCUGACUGUUUAUUUUCAUCCAUGGGAGUGUGAACUGAAAAUUGUGAGUGUGAACUGAUACAUGUGUGUAUGUGUGAACUGAAGGGCAUGCGUGUAUGUGUGAUCUGAAGGGUUGUGCUGCCGCAAGUAUAAAUAGGUGCCUAGUGUUUUCUGUA